AUGUCCUAUUACCCACCUAAUCAACACGGUGGUGACUACGGUCAGAACUACAACCACCAAGGCCAGGGCUAUCCUCCUCACCAACAACAAGGUUAUCCGCAUCAGCAAGGAUACGGCUAUCCGCCUCAGCAAGAACAAGGUUAUCCGCCUCAGCAAGACAUUGGCGUUCCGCCGCCGCAGGGUUAUUACCCUCCCGAGCAGCAGCAUGGAUAUGGCCAGGCCCCUGCUCCGUACGGCCAGCAGCAGGGAUACCCUCCCGCCUAUGAGCAGCACCAACAGGGCCAAUACGCCGGCCCCGGCUAUGGCCAACACCAGCAAGGUGGCGAGAGCGCUUCAUUCUACGGUGGAGCUCCACCUCAGCAGCAAAGCUUCGCGCCCGGCCCCGGCGGUCCAGAGGGCGAGAAAGGUCUCGGAUCGACGUUGCUCGGCGGCGCCGCUGGCGGUUUCGCGGGCCACAAGAUGGGUGGUGGAUUCCUAGGAAGCGCAGGUGGUGCAAUUCUCGGAGCCGUUGGUAUGAACAUGGCCACGCAUGCCAUCAAGGACCAAAAGAAGAAGCACAAGAAGGAGAAGCAUAAGAAGGAUAAGCACCACAAGCGCCGUCGCUCACAUUCUUCCAGUUCGAGUUCGAGUUCAAGCUCGAGUUCUUCGAGUGAUAGUGACUAG